GCGAAAAAAACUGGAAAACAAGGCCUUCAUUACGCGUUACAGGGGGCAAAACAGAAACAACCCCGUACGGUAUAAUCUGAAUCGGCCGGGUGACUUUUGUCUAUGUUGAAUGAGACCUAGACUGUUUCAUACUCCCAGUCUGAGACCAUUUGUUCUCCUUUCUGCACCAUGACUACCCUUCCUUCAGAGCUUGUGGAAACCAUUAUCUAUGACGCCUGGCACUCCGAAAUGCCGUCCUCGGUCCGGAUGUCUUUCAUGACCUCUUGCUCCCGGGUUAACCAAAUGUGGAAAGCUGUCUAUGCCCCUAUCGCUUCUCGGGAUAUAUACAUCACCAAUGUCGCAUACAUAUACUACCUAUGCGACAUAGCCCAGUUCCAAAAAUCCAUCAUCUACCAUGACUUUAUCCCCCGACUCACACUCUCCAUCACUUGCUUCGUCGACCUACGGAAAAACGCCCAAGAUAGAUAUGCAAAGGAAGUGAGCAAGAUUCUCAUGCAGUUACCUAAUUACGUUGGCUUCAAGGCUCUUUUCCGGGACAUCAGAUAUAUCUCUUGCGAGUUCAUUUGGAGCGGCAGUGGACAGAGACCACAUUUACGGGUACUCCAUGGUCUUCCCAUCCAUGUUAUCUGUCGUCGGUACCUAUCAGAAUCUCAUCACGCUGCAUGUCGCGCACGAAUGGACGUGGAUAUCUCCAUUACGAACCCAGACCUUUCGUCGAGUUUAUACUAUGACAAUCAGUCUGAGGCUUUUACUCACGCAUUGAAUGAAGUCGAUAUCACUGCAUACUCUUUUUCACCCCUAUUGCCGCACACUCAGAAAAUAGUUUCUGACGCACUAUGGUUUCAUCAAACUUGGUACAAAUCGGAGCUGCCUGGGGAUCUGGAGUUUAUCAAUUGGAGGUUAUGGAUGGCAUCUAAACGGCCCCACCCUGGUGCGUGGGUGGAGCCUCCUUCCUUUGAUUCGUCUAACAUCCAUUGGUCUAGGAUUAAGAUGGCUUACGGCCCCGUUCUAUCGCCGGAAAUACGAACAGCUGAACUCAUCUUUAUCGAGACUAUACGUCGGUUCUAAGUUAUCCCGAAGAUAUGAAUGAAACGAAGCCUUUCUAGCGCAAUGAGACGCACAGUUAGUGUGUGUUAUAGCGGCUGGUUCUUGUUGACUAUUUUUGGGCGACUGGUUUUACGACUUCCCUACCAUGUUAGUUCUUGUAAGCGGUUGAUCCCGAACGGAUUCACAUACCCUGCGCAGCGGAAGGACGGACAUUCAGUGUGCGACAAUAUCACAUCAUGAUAAAUUCCAGCAUUUGGUUCAGCCGCUUGUUGGUGUUUCAGUUUCAUGAAAGAAUGCAUCUAGACUCGCAAGAAGAAGUCUGUAGACAGCGAAGGGAAUUAAAAAAGAUGAUGGAGAAGAUAAAUGACAGAAUGCGCAUAUUCUUCGUAAAAAUUUGGCACCC